CCCCAUCUCGUUUCAUCACCUUCACUUUUCCCAACCCCUUCAUCUCACCCACCCUCCUCCACGUCGCCGUCCUCGACACACCUUUUCAACUCACCAGCUCACCCCCAGUCGCCGCCAUGCUCGUCCCCAAACAACGGUAGUCCGACUGGAUCUUCUCCACCGAGUCCGGUCACCUCCAGCUCCUGCUCAGUUCUCCCAGGAUCUCCCGCCUAAUCCUCACUGGCAACCAGCCCAUUAACGGUCACGGUUCACCGGUAAUUUACCACCGUCCGGCUAGAAACGACUCGUCGUGUGAUGGCGAACUCGGGGUGAGUUUGAGACCUCUUUUCCUUGCUUUAUCUCCUAAGUCUUGCUUCAAACAUGGCACUCUUGAGAUACCCAUUUUGAGUUAUGAGGAUAAUGUGAUUUGUAGUGUGGUUUUGGAGAGGUGUGUUGGGUCUUUGGUUGGUGAAAUGGUGGUGGAAGAUGUGGAGAUUGAGAGUGGUGGUGAGGCUUCAAAGAGGGAGUUCAGGAGGCGUUUGAGGUUUAAAAGAGUGCCCAAUUUGGUUCAAACGGAGGUACGUAUUGUUCCCAACACGGGUUUUGGCUUUGAUUAUGUGGAAAUCGGAGAAGUCGAGUUUAGGCUGGAUAAUAGUAUUUUAGUGCACCCUUAUUUGGUUCCUAUGUUGGCAAGUCUUCAGUUGAUUGCUUCUUAUAUUGAGGGACGGAUUCGAAGUGGGUUUAGGCCGAAAGCUUUGUGUUUAGGAGUUGGAGGUGGAGCUUUGCUUGGAUUUUUAAAAGCCGAACUGGGAUUUCAGGUUGUGGGUGUGGAGGCGGACAAGGAAGUUUUAAGAGUUGCUACGAAGUAUUUUGGACUGGAAGAUGGUGGUGAGCAUGUCAAUGUUUGCGUUGGAGAUGCAAUAAAAGUUAUUGAGAAACUUGCGGGUCGAGGUAAUGGACAAAGUUCGGGUUCUUUUGGUGCUCAUGAGAUAGAAGUUGGUUGUGGGAUGGGUGAUGGCAAUGACAUUGAUACUAAAUUUGAUGUAGUGCUAGUUGAUUUAGAUUCAAGUGAUGCUGGAGAUGGUAUAAUUGCUCUGCCAUUUGAGUUUGUUAGGAAGCAUGUCCUUUUGGCUGCCAGAUCAGUUCUUUGUGAUAAUGGGAUCCUCGUAUAAAUGUUAUCCUCCAAAUAGAUCAUUUUACACAACAUUGAUACAGGAGUUCAGAGAAGUUUUCCACGAGUUAUAUGAAAUCAAUGUUGGAAAUGGGGAAAAAUUUAUUCUUAUUGCUCUUGUGUCCCCUGUUACAUCUUCUACUAGUGAUUGUGAGAAGUGCUUCCUUAAUAAACUAAGAAUGAUUAUAUCAGGAGCAUACAUGAAUUCCAUAAAGAAGAUCUGAGAUGGGGUGCAAAGAGAAGGUGGGAUAAUCAACCCCUUGGGAUCCAACUGUUUUUUAUCACCCCGCUUCUGGAUGGAUUGGGAGAGGGAAUGCGAAC